UGUAACUGAAAAACGGUAAAAAGACUGGAAAACCUGUACAACUAAACGAUGUUUAAGCUAUUAUGAAAAUCAUUCCAAACAGUUAAAGUUUGAGUGUAAAUCCGAAAGAAGUGAACGCCCAAGAAAGGAUAUUUGAUGACAAGGCCCAUCUAAACAUCACGAAAGCGUUAAAAAUCCAGCGACACCUAACCAUAUCAUAAACUUUGGUAGCAAAACGAUCGUUUGGCAGGGACUCUGAGUCUUGCAGUCUUUCAAUUACACCACGGAGAUCAACCAGACCACAACCAUGGGCGAUAACGCAUCACUGACUACAAUUGAAGUCUUUUCUUGGCAGUUAAAAAGCCGAUCGACUGUCAUUCAGGCCACAGAGUCGUUCUUCAUGUUGUUUAUCAACUCCCUCUCUUUCUUUGGGAAUCUUCUUCUUGGAAUCGCUGUCAUCAAAAACCCGAAUCUUCGCAGGACUGUUCCCAAUGUGUACAUUAUAACUCUGGCUGUCUCAGACUUCUUGAUGUCUUUGCUGGGAAUUCCUUUCUCAGUCGCCUCUCUGAUCGUUGGAAAAUGGCCUUUCAACAACUUUGUCUGCCAGCUUCAAGGCUUCUGGAUUCUUCUCAUGUGUGCAGUGUCAUUACAAACUUUAGCUGUCACUGCUGUGAAUAGAUACUUCCGUGUUGUUCGAUCUCGCACGCAGUAUCAAAAGUACUUUAACAUCAAGACAACAAAGGUAACAAUCGCGAUUUUGUGGAUCUUGGCUCUGUUUGCGCCGCUUCCAUACGUUGUUUCCGGACACGAGUUUUUCUUUCACACUGGUAAAGUUUUCUGUGCGCACAAUGCUGAAAGCUUAUACCAGGGAUAUGGAGCUUACUUGGUUCUCGUUUAUGUGCUUAUUCCUUUGAUUAUCAUCAUAACUUGUUACACCAAAGUGUUCUUCGCCGUUCGAAAACAUAACCUCAACUUUCGACUCAGUCAAAAACGAAGACAGCUCAACCAUCGCAGUGAUAGUCUUCUAUCUGUGGACGAAGUAAAGGUUACCUAUAUUCUCCUUGUGGUUGUAAUUGGUUUUCUAACUUGCUGGACCCCUGUGAUGGUUAUCGACAUGAUUGACUUCAUAAACGCGGACUGGAAACUCAAACGCCAAGUUUACGUGAGUUACACUUGUUUUGGAUUUGCUAGCACCUCCCUGAACCCCAUCAUCUAUGGCAUCAUGAAUCGUUCCAUCCGCGCGGAGUACCUGCGAAUCUUAGCGCCUUUGAGGGUGUGGGUAUCUUACGGUACCGCGAGCGAUGUCAAAGCAGACACUGCAACGGACGAACCCGCGAACAGCACCCGACGAACUUUGGCCGGAAACAAAGUCGGCGUGUCAUUUGAACGCAGUGAAGAAAGAUUGCCACCUCAAGACAAUGGCUCUCAUAAUCAGAAGCCAUCUUUGUAUCGAGCAGAUAGCUCGACACAGCCAGCAAGCAGCCGAGGUGUACAUGGGAUAUCGAGCAUUAAAUUUGGGCCGACAUAUUCCUUGUGACGUAGAAAUAGUCGCCACGGUGAUAAUAUGAAAAGAGAGCUUAAAGAUCACAGACCAACCAGCCAAAAGCAUCAAAGCAAGAGGUAUGACACCUGAUGCAAACGACUGUGUUGUCGAUCACUACUUUUCAUGUAAAGGACUUCGAAACGUCACGGAGGAGAGACAAACUUUACUCUUAGAUUUUUAAGCUCUUAACUUUUUUCGCGAAUUCUUUUUCUCGGAGAAUCGCUUCAUUUUCUCUCGAAAAAAAUCAAAAGAGACCAAUAUAAGACAAAAGUCUUCUGAGGUGAAAUCCUAAAUAUAGCACUUUUUGUAUCAUACUUAUGCCGCUUAUUUAAACUU